AUGGAAGGUGGAAGCUUGCGAAAUGUACUCAUGAACAAUGAUGCAGAAGCAAGAGCUUUUGGUUGGAACAAAAGGGUAAACAUUGUGAAAGGUGUGGCAAAUGCAUUGUCCUAUAUGCACCAUGAUUGCUCCCCGUCUAUGAUCCAUCGAGAUAUAUCAUCCCAAAAUAUUCUGCUGAAAGCAGAACAUGAUAAAGCUCUUGUUUCUGAUCUCGGGACAGCUAGGCUUUUCAAACCUGACCCACUUAACUGGACUUCAUUUGCCGGAACUUAUGGAUAUGCAGCUCCGGAACUUGCUUAUAAAAUGGAAGUGAAUGAGAAAUGCAAUGUGUAUAGCUUUGGAUUUGUGACAUUGGAGAUACUCAUGGGGAAGCAUCCAGGAGAUCUCACCUCAUCUUUGUUGCCUUCAUUGUCCCCAUCAUCUGCGACACUUGCUCAUCAUCAAAUAGCUGAAAUGAAUGUUUUGGACCAGCGUUUGUCUCCUCCAACAAAUGAAGAGGCUAGGAAAGUGCUCUGUCUCGUUAAGGUAGCAAUAGCAUGCUUGCACAGCUCUCCAAAAUCUCGUCCGACAAUGAAACAAGUUGCUCAAAAGAUCUCAUCAGAGACUCAUAUUUGA